AUGGCUGUGAGGGACGAGGGCCUAUACUAUCCCACAGAUACAAUCAUCUCCAAGAAGGGGCGCAAGCACUACCGUGUCCCCGUGCGCUCUCAACACUGGCAGCUGCGAUCCUUGAUUAGUGCCGAGAAGCGUCACAUUGUGUACUUUCCCGGGGGGAGCAAUAGCAAUCACGUGCAACGGCUGAAUACGCAGACGCGCGAAUGCGAGACAGUCAAGCUCCUCACAUUUGCUCCGCGAUGCCUAGCUGCCGCGGAUGGCUGGCUGUGCUGCGGUAGCGAGCAUGGAGAGUUUGCGGCUAUUCGCCUAGACGAUGAUGGGGCCAACGAUGACCCCGACCUCGACUUUGACGCCGGAGCGCCCGUCAUCAGCACGCCGGGUGGCGACACGUCCAUAUUCUCACUGUUGGCAAGGGUGCGGAGACCCAUUAAGAGUAUGAUUGCCAAAAACGUCAAGCUGGCAAAGGAGCGUGUCAACUGCAUCACGCUGUGGAUGCCUCCCACUAAGAUGGUAGCUUGCGACCGAGCCUACCCGUUUCCGGUAGCGGUCUUGGCCAACAACGACCGUACAGUCACACUGGUCAACCUCGAUGCUUCUCAAGACGACGAGGGUGCCGAGUCCCUGGAUGUUAUUAGCUACCCGGAUUUCGUCAACCGGGCCGUGAUCUCACCAGACGGACGCCUCCUGAUUGCAAUCCUCGAUGACCCUUACCUGUACGUUCAUGAGCGCGUGCAGAAUGGUGCGGGAUCUAGCACGCGUCCUGGGCGUGACGGCUGUUGGAAGGAGCGACAGAGAAUCCUCCUGAAGAGCCAGAGGAAGGACGACCGAUCGGACAGCAGAGGCAGCUUCGCAGCCUGUUUCUCGCAGUCGGGUGCUUACCUGGCUAUUGGGACUCAGCAUGGUACCGUAUCCAUCUUCAACGCAAGCCUUCUGACGGAACAGGCGGAUGCCGCGCUCAUCACGACGUUUACGUCGUCAAGACCCGAGAGUGGACCAGGCGCAAUCCGCGACAUGGCAUUUUGCCCCGGUCCUUUUGAUAUACUCGCAUGGACAGAAGACCGGGGACAUAUCGGUCUUGCCGAUCUGAGGACGAAUUUCGUCGUGCGCCAAAUUGUCGACAUCAACGCAGAGGCUGACUUUGAGCACAUUGAUGUGCUUGACCGUAACACGGUAGAUCCUAGGCUGUUGGACCGACGCGAGACUGAGCGGAGGGAAACAGAACGGAGGGAGACGAACCUGCCAUCGUCGGAGCUAGGUAGCAGCAACACCAAUGCUAACACGAGCGAGGUGCGAAGGUGGGCGACAGUGGCGGAUCGGUUCAACUCACUUAACCACCCACUCACAACCAAUGAAAUGAUGGUCCUGGAAGCCAUCCGUGGCGAUCGCUUACGGAGGGAACGAGCAACACGUGGGGAGGACGAGACGUCUGCUGCGGUACCUUCUUCGCGAUGGAGCAGCGCUUACCCAUUUGGUUAUACCGGGGCGCUGGAAGGCGGCGUCGGCGAUCGAGGGGGGCAAGAACGUAACAACCGUGCCGUCGAUGACCUCCUAGGUAACUACCGGGACCAGCGUGAUCGGCAACAUGAUCGCGUCCGCACCAACAUGCAACUCUUGCGUGAGGCAAACGAGAGGCGGCAGCUUCAGCUAUUUCGAGGACAGGACCGGCAGUGGAUGGAGAGGCUUGGAGAGACAGUGGCCGCCAUGCGCAACCAGCAAGAACGGCAGGAUCCGUCGUACUUCAGCCUCCUCGAGGUGCUGCAAGCAAGAGAGCGCAGCAGCCCCACUGUCAACAACAACAACAAUGGCAAUGCCAACAACAACGUCAAUGACGAGGAAGAGGACAGUGACGAUGGGUUCCUUCCCGUGCCCCGAAUCAACCAGAUGGUCAGCCGGUGGGAGGAGAGCGCCAUUCGUGGCACGCUGGCCCCAGACCACGGUGUUUUUGAGGUGCCUCCCUCGCCGGAUAAUACCGCUGGGCUGGCGUGGAGCGAUGACGGGCGUACUCUAUUUGUCGGUGCGCAAAAUGGCAUAUAUGAACUGCACAUUGACGUUCAGAGCAGGAAGCUUUCACCGAGUAUCCAACCUCGUUGA